AUGAAACCGGCACAUAGAAUCACUAAUGAAGUUCAUCAAUUUUCAAAAUUACGGACAUCAUUUGAUUCAAGAGGUCGUUUAUGCUCACCUGGACGGUUUGGACCUGAUUGCAGUUUCACUUGUGCACACUGUGAAAAUGGGGGUCAGUGUAAUCGAGAUUUGACAGGAUGCGAGUGUGCCUCUGGUUACAGAGGACUAAGAUGUGAAGAGAAAUGUCCGAAGGGCCUAUGGGGUGUGGACUGUGGACAAUAUUGUGAUUGUGCAAAUAAUGCAUUUUGUGAUCCCACAAGUGGUGUUUGUCAGUGCCCACUAGGCACUCAUGGUGCAAGUUGCGAACUAUCUGGAUGUCAAGCAGGUUUCUGGGGCCCUCAGUGUGAUCGUUUGUGUCCAAGUCAUUGUGCUACAAAUCAGUGUGACCGUGCAAAAGGACACUGCACAUGUUCUCCAGGAAUAUAUGGAUCACACUGUCACUUAAGUUGUCCUGAAAACACAUGGGGUGAAAUGUGCAGUCUCAAGUGUCCUUCGGAAUGUUCAGAAAAUGGCAGAAAUACAAAAGGUUGUGACCCUCAGACAGGUGAAUGUGUAUGCAAACCUGGAUUUCGACCACCUGAAUGUAUACUUCCGUGUCCACCUUCAUAUUUUGGUUACAACUGCAUGAUGACAUGCUUUGAUUGUCCUAAUGGCUGUGAUCCAGUGACUGGAAGAUGUUUGUUUGAAUGUCCACCAGGUAAACAUGGACCAACAUGUGAAGAAGACUGUUUUGCUGGUUAUUGGGGUCCUCAAUGUUCCAAGCGUUGCAGAUGUGGUUACGAUGAAAAAGGAAAUCUUCAAAGCUGUGAUCCUGCCAGUGGUAAAUGCACUUGUAAAGCAGGUUAUUGGGGAGAAAAAUGUGAUAAGCCUUGUGAAGUUGGCAAUUAUGGCCCAAACUGUCGAUUUCAAUGUCAGUGUGGAACAAGUAGGAAUAGAUGUGAUCCAGUUACUGGUCUAUGUCAAUGUUCAGAUGGGAUGAUGAGGUAUAAAUGUAAUAUGCAAAAUGAUUUCUAUGCAAUAGAUGAGGAACCAUCCUGCCCACCAGGUAGGUGGGGUAAAUCCUGUACAGAAAUUUGUGAUUGCAAUAACAGUGUUGAAUGUAAUAAAGAAACCGGAGUAUGUAUAUGUUUCCCUGGAUUCAUUGGUAAUAAAUGCGACCAAAAAUGUGAAAAAGGGAAAUAUGGACCUAAUUGCACGGAAACAUGUGCAUGUGUACACGGAACUUGUGAUCAUCGUUCUGGAGCUUGUGAAUGUGAACCGGGUUGGAGAAAUAUGCUGUGUAAUAAACAGUGUGCACCAGGUUUCUAUGGUUUAGAUUGUCAAGAAAGAUGCCAGUGUACAAAUGGUGCAGAAUGCGAUCCCGUUACUGGUAACUGUGAAUGUAGUGAAGGUUGGUAUGGACCAGCAUGCGAUCAACCCUGCCCAGAAGGUACCUAUGGCAAAAACUGUACAAAAAAGUGCAACUGUGCCGAAGAUGUCUCAGGUAUCAACUGCGACAAAGUCACGGGAAGAUGCAUUUGUCCCCCGGGACGUACCGGUCCUAGGUGUUCUGAGUUAUGUCCCAAUGGAUUUUGGGGAGAAGGGUGCUCAAGAACUUGUGCAUGUCUAAGGGGAGCGACUUGUGACUCUGUAAGUGGUAAGUGUCGCUGCGGCUCAGGCUGGCAUGGUGAGGCUUGUGAGCUACCGUGUCCAAACGGGUAUUGGGGUGAAGGCUGUUCUAUCCGUUGUCAAUGUUCAGCAAAUCCCCGAAUUUCAGAAGGCGGUGAAUGUGAUAGGUUUACUGGUGAAUGCCGCUGUCCUGUUGGCUUUACUGGACCAAACUGUCAAGACACAUGUCCCCCUGGACGUUAUGGACCAGACUGUCGACUCAGUUGCCCAUGUCAAAAACCUGGCUCUAGAUGUAACUCUGAGACAGGAGCUUGUGAAUGUCCACCUGGGUGGUUCGGUGAAACUUGUGAACGACCCUGCUUAUUGGGAUUUUACGGCAUAAACUGUAAGCAAAGGUGUUCAUGUUCAUCUGGACAGCCAUGUCAUCAUGAAACAGGUCAGUGUAGUUGCCCAGCAGGAAAAUAUGGACCACAAUGUAAAGAUACGUGUCCAGAAGGACGCUGGGGUGAAGACUGUCAACGGAUAUGUGACUGUCACUUGAAGAAUAAUAAUAUGCUGUGUGAUCCUGUCUAUGGAAUCUGUUAUUGUCGACCAGGAUGGCAAGGACCAAAUUGUAUCAGCACAUGUCCAGCUGGGUAUUUUGGUACAAAUUGCCAGCAUCAGUGUAAAUGUGAAAACAAUGGUGCAUGCCAUCCAGACAACGGAACAUGUAUAUGUCAGCCAGGAUAUUAUGGUGAACGUUGCCAUCUAAACUGUCCUCCUGGGUUUAUGGAAGCAUGUAAUGAGAUUACCGGUGAAUGCUACUGUUCGGCUGGCUACUAUGGCAAAAAGUGUGAACAAACCUGUCAUCCCGGUACAUAUGGACCACAAUGUUCACUGACUUGUCCUGUAUGUCAUACCCAAGUCACCGAUCCAAAUGCCCAGGAUAGUUUAUUACUCCCAGAAUCUUCAUUCAGUCAAGACAAUUCAUUGUCUUUAUUCCGUUAUCAGUCAGACGAAAUAAUCAAGAAUACCAAGUUGGCUGCACUGAAACGUUUAGAUGGUAAUCGGAAUAAUCCUACUUGUCAUCCACAAACUGGACAGUGCCCUUGUCCUCCUGGUUCAGAGGGAAAAGACUGUAGUACUCCAUGCCCAAAAGAUCGAUUCGGACCUGAUUGUGCCCAGGUGUGUACAUGUCAGAAUGGAGCAACAUGUUCUCCUGUCAGUGGUGCUUGUCAGUGUCGCCCAGGAUUUUAUGGACCUUUAUGUCAACACACGUGUCCACCAGGGAGGUGGGGAAGAGGCUGUGCUUCUGUAUGUGACUGUUAUAAUUCCCUGCCAUCCGGCUGUGAUCCAAAAAGUGGUAGGUGCAGAUGCAAACCAGGUUAUACUGGAGAACGUUGUGAAGAAGUGUGUCCUCGUGGUUAUUUCGGUGAAAUGUGCGCUCAAGCCUGUCGACAUUGUGAAGAUUGUCAUUUUGAGACUGGACAGUGUCUGUGCCCACUGGGUCAACAUGGAGAAACGUGUGGCAGCAUAUGUCCACGCGGUCAAUAUGGGGCCAACUGUUCCAAACUUUGCUCAUGUCAGAACAAUGCAGUCUGUUCCGUUGACACUGGGAUUUGUAACUGUCUUCCUGAAUUUAUUGGACAUGAUUGUUCAGUAAAGAGAGAAAUGGAUUACGCUAAAAGCCGUCAGUAA